AUGCCUAUUUCGUCCGGCUUUAGCUUCGACAUCCCCACGCCCGGCAAGCUUGACCUUCUUAGUGGGGGUAUCUUCCCUCAAUGGUAUCCUUCUCCAUCCGGGCCAACUCUCAACGGCACCUUUUCAUCUCAGAAUGCCCUCGCUAUCCCGCUCACCUCUGAACAUACUGCCGCCAUCCUCUGGGAGUUUAUGCAAACCCACAUGUUUACGAGACGCAGCCUCGAUCUAAAGAGCCGCGAAGCCAAUCCUCCCAGAUCUUGCGGUCACGACCCUACCCAGCCCCGUCCCAUCGCCAUCUCGCACCUCGGCAUCUUCAGCGGCCUGGUAGACUACCUCGUCCAGGAGAAUACUUGCCCGAGACCUCGCUACAAGCGCCGACCCGCACAACACAGGAAAAAUACCGACGUGCAAAAUGCUUGCCUUGCGGCGUUCGAGGUUUGCUUAAGUGACGUGCACGCCCCCUUCGAAACCCUUUCCACGCUGAGCCCUUACGACAUUGCCCAUAAUAGGUCGACCCAGUUCCCCGAGCCGUUUGCGUAUGGGUUCCUGAACCGGGAAGAGAUACAGCAGCGGCUCGGCGUCGAUAUUCGAGGGGCCACGGCGUCAACUAUACCUUUAGUAAUCCUUCACUUCCCGGCUCUUGGGGAGCUUCUUGACCACGGCAUCCCUGUCACGCUCGCCUACGGCGACCGCGAUUAUGGAGCAAAUUGGUUUGGUGGCGAGGCUCUCACCAAGAGUAUCCCCUUUAACGCCUCCGCACCCUUCCUCUCCGCCGGCUACCAAGACUUCCUCGUCCAGGGGGCCAUCGCGGGGAAAACGCGCCAGGCCGGCCUCCUUUCUUUCACCCGUAUUUUCCAAGCCGGACACGCCAUCCCCUUCUACAACCCUCCGGCCACAUAUGCACUCUUCCGCCGCGCAAUGUCGAAUACAGACAUCCCGCGCGGCCUCCUGCCGGCCUCCGCCGCCGACGCUUCCUUCUCCACUUCUGGCCCCAAGUCAAUCCGCCAUCUCACCCAAGUUGCUGGGCCCGUCCGCGGCUCGACCUUUUGCUACGUCCUCGCGCCGCCUCUCGUUUUGGGCCAGUGCUCGGCGGAGCAGCUCGCUGGGUUGCAGGACGGGAGCGCACUGGUGGUUGACUUUAUUGUUCAGUAA